GGCGGAGCGGGGCCGGGCCGGGCCGGGCCGGCUGCUGGCGCUGGGAGGCGCCCCGGGGCCGGCAAGGAGCUGGCGGGCUCGGGGGUGUGAGCGGCCGCGCCUUGCCGGGCUCCCCCACGAUGCUGCGGUUCCUGCGCAGGACCUUUGGCCGGCGCUCCAUGCAGCGCUACGGGCGAGGCGGCGCCGGCCGGGGGGCCGCGGACGAGCGGGACGGGGGGCUGCGGGGCGCCGCCGCCCCCCCCGCCGGCGCCUUCCCGCCCUCGCCGCUGCCCGCCGCGGCCCCCGUGCACAUCCCCGCCGCUGGCACCAGCAAGCCCGCGCUGCCCUGUCGCGUCCUGCUGCUCGACGGCACCGAAGUCAACGUGGAGCUGGCGAAAAAUGCCAAAGGGCAGGAUUUGUUUGACCAAAUUGUGUAUCACUUGGACCUUGUGGAAACAGAUUACUUUGGCCUACAGUUCAUGGAUGCCUCCCAGGUUACCCACUGGCUGGACCAUUCUAAACCCAUUAAGAAGCAAAUAAAAAUUGGACCUCCUUACACUUUGCACUUUCGAAUUAAAUACUAUUCAUCAGAACCAAACAACCUUCAUGAGGAGUUUACAAGGUACCUGUUCGUAUUACAGCUUCGGCAAGACAUUCUUUCAGGGAAACUGAAAUGUCCAUACGAAACUGCUGUGGAACUAGCAGGUCUGUGUCUUCAAGCUGAGCUUGGAGAGUGUGAGCACCCAGAACACACACCAGAACUUGUGUCUGAAUUCCGGUUUACACCAAAUCAGACGGAAACAAUGGAAUUGGAUAUUUUCCAGAAAUGGAAAGAGUGCAGGGGAAAGAGUCCAGCACAGGCUGAAUUAUGUUACUUGAACAAAGCAAAAUGGUUAGAAAUGUACGGUGUAGAUAUGCAUGUAGUUAAGGGAAGAGAUGGUUGCGAAUAUGCUCUUGGACUGACGCCAACAGGCAUAUUGAUCUUUGAAGGAGCAAACAAAAUAGGUUUAUUCUUUUGGCCUAAAAUCACUAAAAUGGACUUCAAAAAGAGCAAACUAACGCUUGUGGUUGUAGAAGAUGAUGAGCAGGGUCGGGAACAAGAGCACACGUUUGUUUUCCGGUUAGACAGUGCCAAAACUUGCAAACAUCUGUGGAAGUGUGCUGUGGAACACCAUGCAUUCUUCAGACUACGAGCACCAGCAAACAGUAAAUCUAAUAGAUCUGACUUUAUACGGCUUGGAUCACGCUUCAGAUUCAGUGGUCGAACAGAAUAUCAAGCAACACAUGGGACCAGGUUACGGAGAACCAGUACAUUUGAAAGAAGACCCAGCAAGCGGUACCCAUCAAGAAGGCAUUCAGCAUUUAAAGGAAACAAUCCGGGCAAAGUUGCACAACUGUGUGCUAAAAAUAAUCCUGAAGUCCAUAACUACCAGGCACAGUAUCAUCCUAAUAUACAUCCUGCACAACCACACUGGCAUCCGCAUACGCCUGUGAAUAUAAGUUAUCCAUUGAACAACACAGAUCUUCGACCAUUCAACAUCGAAGAAAAUGGUGGAACACCAUUUACCACAAAAAUGUCAGGAAGGCACCACCAUUACCACCACCACCAUCACCACCACCAUUCCAACUACGGAGUAGUUGCUCCUGACAGCAAAGAUAUGGUUUCUGGAGUUUCAAAUCCAAACAAAUUGAGCUCAGGAGUUCCCCUCCUUUACGAUGACACUCCUGCUCAUCUGAAGAAGAUGGAACCAGAGACUGUAAAGGUGGUUGGACCAUGGCCAGCUUUGCACGUCAAUAUAAACAAGAGUGAAGACAAGAAAGUUUCUGAAAAGAGUCUUCAUCCCCCAGUGUCACCUUCUGUAUCUGAUCAUAUGAAAUGUAACAUCCUUAAAGCUCAAGUAGAAGCUGCUUUUAGAGUUGGUACCCAGGCUGGGAAAGAAGAGACAUCUCUUGUAAAUCCCAGCAAGACCUCCAGCCUGCAGGACCGUAAUGUAAGAAGUCCAGCUUUGGUGCGACCUGAAACAACACCGUCAGCCAACACUACAGAAAAGCAGGAAAUAAAAGUUUCCCGUGUGAGGAAGUUAACAAGACAGUACAGCUUUGAUGAAGACGACCUUCCUCCAGCCUUGGCGGCAGCAGCAGCAGCAGCAUCAACUUCUGUGUCAUCUGCCUCUCCUGUGUCACAAAAGACUUGUACGCCCCAAAUGUCUGAAGGACAAACCCAGAUGUCACCUGGUGCAAAGAGCCCUACAGAUGUUGGAAGUACAUUUACUUUGGAACCAGGGGAUCUUCUGAUGGAUUUCACGGAAGCUACACCCAUGAGAAAUUCUGCAAGCCUUGGAGGACUUCUUCCCAUUCAAACUACUUUACAGCUGACAACCCAGGGGUAUCCAAUUAUACUUAAAAGAGAGAUAAAGACAUUCCCUGCUGAUACAUCUAAUCCCUUUUUCGAUCCUUUUACAACAGUACCACAGUUUUCUGCAGAAUUCACUGACAACAAAUUAAAAUGCUGUGCUGUGCAGUUGUCUCCCAAGAUAUCACCAGUAGCUCUGUCACCUGCAAGGAGGUCUUUGGUUGAGACUGUCCCAACCCCAACUGUGCAGACAAUAUAUACAUCUCACAAACCUAUUUCUCUGGCAGACAGUGCUGAAACUCUGAGGCGUGAACUUGAGAGAGAGAAGAUGAUGAAACGACUCCUGAUGACCGAAUUAUGAAAUUCUGACUUCCUUCAUGUGGAGAAUGGAUUGGGGCCUUUCACGUGCCUUCUGUCUGUUUACAUUCCUCUGCUUCUGUGUACUCAACAUAAUGCAUCAUGAAAAUGUGUUAUGUUCCUGACUUGCCUGGAUUCACCACAGUUGGUUAAAAUUAAGUCUCGCUUGACUUUCACUGGGAGGAGUUUCUUUGUUCAUUUGCUGCUCAGAAAUAAACUUUCAGCCCUUUAUCUCUCUUGAGAUUUUAUACUAUUAUAAAAUGAAUUUUAGGUUUGGUUUUGGUAAAUCUAGGGCACAAAGGAUCAGCAAAGAACAUACUGAUUUCUAUUGGGAAACGCUGUUCUGUAUAUAUGUUAAUAACUGCACAGAGAUUAAUGUUAUGCAGAAUAUUUUGAUAGUACCAUAGAAAAUAUGCCGUUUUGUAUAACUGAAAAUUGCACCAAGCUACUGCUGUUUGUUAAAGAAUCGUUUUUAAAAUGGAAAAAUUAUUAUUACAUCCUUACCCCUGGACUGUUAGUCUCCACUGGAAAAUAAGUGGCUGUCUUAUUAAAUUCCUAAUUGUACCCUCUGUUGAGGUAUAUAUAGAAGUAAGGGGAAAAUAGAUACAUAUGUGUGUGUGCAUGCACACACACACCAGUCCUCCCUCUAAUUAGUCAUCCUAAAUUGAUGGUGAAAUACAUUUAUUGUAUUCUUAGGCAAGAAAAUCUUCAAUGAUUCAAAAUUAUUUGCUAUUAACACUCAUACAAUUUUUUAAUGACAAGUUUUAACUUGGGCCCUUAUUCUACAAACACUUGCCUACAUAAUUCAGACAUAGCUAAACUAGAAGAGCCUCUGCUGAUAUAACUAUACUGGCACAGGUACAUUGGUAGAGGCCCCCUAAGUGCAGGACAGAAUAUACUGACAGAAACAGUUCUGUGCUGUCGUAGCCACACCACCACUCUGAACAAUUAAAAUUAAGUCAACAAAGCACCCUUUUGUGACAGAGCAAUGUCUACAUCUGGGGGGUUUGGCCAGCAUAGCUAUGGUGGCAAAGGUGUGUGAUUUUUUUCAGCAAAACUUUGCGGCGGUUCCACAAUGUUGGUUGCUUCGAGCAUGUGAGUGGUUCCAUUGGAAGUAAUGGGAUUGUUCCUAUGAAUAAAGUUAAGCAGGUAUAUAAGUGUCUGCGGGAUAGCAGCCUUAAAAGAAUAACAAAAUAAUCUUUUAAUUUUCACAAAAUAAGAGCACAGAUUAAAUUUCCUAUUAAAAAUGUCCUCCUUUUUCUCUUCUUUUUGUAGUGCAGCACUCUUUAAAAAGCUAACAGCAGCUAACCAUCCACUUAAGCAUACAAUUUUGAACAGACAUUUUAGUGUUUUUUAUAUGGUCCAAGAUCUAGUAUAUUUUUUGUUACUCUGUACAGUAUGAUUCUCUUGUUUUUAGUCUUGUUAAAAUCAAGAUGUCUUUAAUUUGAUAUUGAUGACCAUAAAUUUAUCUCAGCUUAACCAGCCCAUUAGCUUCAAAGUGAAUAUUGUAACAUUCAGUUUCCUUCAGAAUUAGGUAUGGUAAUUUUUAAUAUGAAAAAUCAAGUGCAUUUUAGUACUCUUGAGUGCAACCUGGAGAGAGAAAAUUACCUGACAGUCUUAUAUUUGCCAGGGCAGGAAAUGAGCAUAAGGCUUAGUUAAAAAUUUAAUAAUUUUAACAGUUUCUAUUGCUAUAACAUAAGUGGCAUAAGUAUACAACCUGUGGUAUGUAGUGUAAGAAAAUAGCUCCACACAUGGAAUAGACCCAAGAAACCAAAUAAAUGCCCAGAAUCUGGUUUGUGUAUUUGAGGGCAUUCAACAUACUUUGCUAUGCUACCAAAAUGCAACUGGAACAUUGUAGAGCUGACUUCUAACUAUGAUAUCAAGAGAUUUGGUAGUGCAUAUUUAUUUUAGGUAUCUCUUUCCAUCAAUCUGAGGCUAUUAAAAAUUUAUUGGGAGCCUUACCAUCCUGUACAGAAUCACCAAGGCAAAAGAGGCUGCAGAUAUAAAAGACCCCCUGUCUUCUCCCAUUGUCUUUUCCUUACCUCCUUCAGAGGGAUCAUGAAAGAAGGGGAGCUGCAGCCUGGAGACAUUAUGCAUAAUCAUUUUUGCCUGAUCGUUAAUAAAAAGAGAGCCACCUAAAGAUAAAGAAGAAGAAAAUCCAAUAGGAGCCAAUGUUCUGAGAGACCUGGAAGCAAAAUUACUCCAAGAGUGGUGUUAACUAAUUUGCAUGGCUGCUUAUUAACUGGUUCUGGCCUGUCUCAGGCAUUUACCAGUUGUGUGUGGCCAUUUCACAAAGUCAUGAUCAAGAAGAAAGUAUCUGAUCAAACAAUUCAGCAAUCCCAUUUUUCCUGCUGUGCCUAUUGCUGUGAACUCAUACAAAAGUGCUAGAGUGCAAACCUGGAAUCUGUUCUAAGUUUGGGGGCAAACUAUUCCUGAUUAGAUGCAGUGUCUUUGUAGAGGCCAAAGCAUUCAAAGAGGAUGAGUGCCAGACUCAGUUUUUCUGAUACACAAAUAAGGGACAUAUUUGUUAUUUCAAAUUAUAUCAUCAUACUCCUAGUACACAUAGAUUGUCAAGAUGAAAUUUUCAUAACUGAAGAACUACACUAAGACACCCUAGUAAUGUUGUACACCUGCACUAACAAGGCAUUUUUUAAAAUAGCUGAGAAAGGAUGGUAGGCACCUUAGAGUCCUAAAAAUUAGAAACAAACUUAGUGGGUCAUUUAGUCCCAAUCACUGCAGAACUUUCCCUCAAUAUAUUCCCAAGUGUUUUCUCUAGUCUUAUUUUAACUGUCUCAAGCCAUGGGGCACCACCAUUUCCCUGCAGAAACUACUCUGUUGUCCAACAUCUCAAGUAAGAACGUUUAUCUUAAUCCUAAACUAAAUUUCUGUUUGUGCAGUUUCAUCAUGUUACUCUUGAUUUGUGCAGGCUUCCUUUAACCACACUAACCAAUUCCGCUCCCUUUUGAAAAACCUUUGAAUGCACAUCUUUACCUUGGCUGGAUUUGAGAUGGUCAUGGUAAACAAAUUAGCUAAAAUUCAACAGGAAGCAAGAAAACGUGAGCUCAAAGAUGUGCUAGUUGGUCAAGUCAAAACUUAGGUUUCCCCUUAACUCUAGCUGCACCAGGUUAUGAUGCAUUACAGUACACAUUGCCUUAGUAUACAGUAUUUACACUGUGAUUUGCGGUGUAGAGUAGACAUAUCCAAGUUAGCUUUAAACUAGCUAGCUCAUGUACCACUAGCAGUCUAGCCACCAUAGCACAAAGCUCAGUGUGGGCUAAGUUACCAUGUAAGCUAACAUAGCACCUUUUCAGCAUCUCUGGUGGCAACAGAGUGAAGUAGCUGAUAGUUGUUUUAAGUUCAAUUUUCUCAGUUUCUAAGAUUAGGUCUAUGUUACAAAUUUGUGUCUGCACAGCCAUGUUAGUCAUGUGGUAGAGGUCUGACUUGUGAUCGAUGGAGCCGUGCCAAGUGCCUACUGCCUAGUGGCAGUGCAGUUAUACUGGCAAACCACAUUUAUUUUGCCAGUACAGCUAAUUUUGCUUAAGGGGUUAGAAUUAGCUCCACUGGCAAAAGUGUAGUUUUAUGCCAUUAUAGGCUAUGUUCCCAAUAGGAGUGCAUGGCUGGUACAGCAUGCCAAUAUAGCUAUACCAGCAAAACCUCUCAGGUGCAGACCUGGCUUUAGGGACAGACUUACAAAUUUAGCUUUGACUGCUGACAGAUCCUGAAAGCUUUGACUUCUUUUGUGUUUUCCUUCUUUAGGGGGCAACACAUAAUGUUUCCAUGUCUGAAUGAUUCCAUCAGAAUUUGGAUUGAUCUUUUAAAUACCUAUGCAAAGAGUAUUUUCUCCUAUUGCAAUCUCUUGUGGAAACCAAACAGCUGCAUACUUUUCUGUGUGGUUAAGUAUUUGCCUGCUUGCCAUUUGUUUCAAACACCAAGUUUUCUUUAGAGAGAUUGUUCAAGGUCUCAAAUCAGUAUCCGAUUGUACAGUGUGCAGAGAGUUCAACAGUACAAACACAUUUACAUGCUUGAAAAUCAAGCCUUUCUUAAAAUAUUCCGUUCAGGUUUCUGGUUCCUCCUGCAACAGUUUGCCAAUGCAGCCAUUUGAAACAAAGCAAGCAAUCCAGCAAAGCAUUUUAAUGGAGGCAAAUCACAUUUUAUUUAACUGUUUCUAGAAAACCUUCAUUUUUUUCCUGGAUAGAUUUCUGGUCCACUGGUUCCACAAACCACAUCUUUGUAACUAUACAAUGGAAUAUUGUUAUUUCAUUUUUGAUGUCAUAUGUUCAAGGAGUUUGCAAUAAAUAUACUGAGACUGAUCUGUUGGUUGCAUGCAAGAUCAGCCCUACAACUGUGUUUUGUAAAGUUAAGUGCUGUAAAGGAAUCUUCAGAUAAUGUGAGGAGAAGAGAUAUAAAGGAAACUUCUUUGGCUGCUGCCAUUAGGGCUUGGUGGGUGGCAGCUUCAUUUAAGGUUGCUGAUUCCGCUUACUACAGUUGAGCAGAAACCUAUGUCAAGAAAAAGAGAACAAGAAAGUACAAUGGCAUUUUAGUUGAAAUAUGCCUUGAGAGAGACUUUUACAGCUCAGCUAUUUACCUGUUCCUGUAUUCAUGCCUGCAAUAAAAGAGAUGAAAAAUAAA